AUGCCGGGUACCAGGCCGAUGCUGACGCGUUUUUAUUCACGCUGGCCAAUCCGCACGGACUCCCGGCGACGCGCUACCCGGUGGCCGUGCCCAGCCUGGCCACCUACUGCCUGCCCCGGUGUGGCCCCUGCUUCGGGCUGGACAUCUUCGUGCCGGCCGCGUUCGCCCACGCCAGCAUCAAGUUCCCCAGCUCCUACGCCGACUCUACGGGCCUCAGCGACCGCACCUUCACCGGCCACUCGGAAUCGUGGCGCCUCGCCGACCUCGAAGUCUUUGGCCUUUCCUCUUCGUCACCGGCGUGAUUCUCUUUCCUCUUCGCAGCGUCAGUGUGUCGACCACAGAACUACUUAUUUUUUAUUUUAA